AUGAGCGCCCACACACAAACUGCAGAGAAGGGGCAGAACACGACACUGCUGUGCCAGGAGAGCUAUGUUUGCAGUGGGACAGAUGAAGCAAUCUUUGAGUGUGACGAGUGCAGGAGCCUGCAGUGCCAGCGCUGUGAAGAAGAGCUGCAUCAGCCGGAGAGGCUGCGGAACCACGAGCGGACCCGUAUCCGACCCGGCCACGUCCCCUACUGUGACUCCUGCAGAGGGGCCAACGGGAACAUCCUGCACGCCAGCAUGACGGGCUCGAGGCAGGCGGCAGCGGUGAGGUGCCAGGUGUGCAAGAUCAACCUCUGCACGGAGUGUCAGAAGAGAACGCACUCCGGGGGGAACAGGAGGAAGCACCCUGUCACUGUGUACCAUGCCGGCAAAGCCCAAGAGCAGGACGAGGAGGAGGGCAUGGAUGAGGAGGCCAAGAGAAGGAAGAUGACAGAGAAAGUUGUGAGUUUCCUCUUGGUGGAUGAAACUGAGGAGAUUCAGGUAAGGAAUGAAGAAGACUUUAUUAAGAAACUGGACUGCAGUCCUGACCAGCAUCUAAAGGUAGUGUCCAUCUUUGGGAACACGGGGGAUGGCAAGUCUCACACCCUUAACCACACUUUCUUCUAUGGCCGGGAAGUCUUCAAGACGUCUCCAGCCCAAGAGUCUUGUACAGUUGGAGUCUGGGCAGCCUAUGAUCCUGUCCGCAGAGUGGUGGUCAUUGAUACAGAGGGCCUCCUGGGGGCCACUGUGAACCUGAGCCAGAGAACACGGCUGCUGCUGAAGGUCCUGGCCAUCUCUGACCUUGUCAUCUACCGUACUCGUGCUGACAGGCUCCACAAUGAUCUCUUCAAAUUCCUUGGUGAUGCCUCGGAGGCUUAUUUAAAACAUUUCACCAAGGAGCUAAAAGCUACCACAGCCCGCUGUGGCCUAGAUGUUCCUCUGUCAACUUUGGGUCCGGGUGUCAUCAUCUUUCACGAGACUGUGUACACCAAGCUACUGGGCUCUGAUCAUCCUUCUGAGGUUCCUGAGAAGCUCAUUCAGGAUCGGUUUCGGAAGCUAAGCUGUUUUCCUGAGGCUUUCAGCUCAAUCCACUACAAGGGAACAAGGACGUACAAUCCCCCAACGGAUUUCUCUGGACUUAGGCGAGCUGUGGAGCAGCAGCUGGAGAACAAUACCACACGUUCACCUAGGCAGCCUGGGGUUAUCUACAAGGCACUAAAAGCUCUAAGUGACCGGUUCAGUGGGGAGAUCCCUGAUGACCAGAUGGCUCACAGCUCUUUCUUUCCAGAUGAAUAUUUCACAUGCUCCUCUGUGUGCCUCAGCUGUGGGUGUGGCUGUAAGAAGAGCAUGAACCAUGCAAAGGAAGGAGUCCCUCAUGAAUCCAAAAGCCGAUGCAGAUAUUCUCACCAAUAUGAUAACAGAGUCUACACUUGCAAGGCCUGUUACGAACGAGGGAUGGAGGUCAGUGUGGUGCCAAAAACCUCUGCUUCCACUGACUCCCCUUGGCUGGGCCUUGCCAAGUAUGCCUGGUCAGGGUACGUGAUUGAGUGCCCCAACUGUGGGGUGGUGUACCGCAGCAGGCAGUACUGGUUUGGCAACCAAGACCCUGUCAACACUGUCGUGAGGACAGAGAUCGAGCACGUCUGGCCAGGGACUGAUGGAUUCCUGAAAGACAACAACAAUGCAGCUCAGCGUUUGUUGGAUGGGAUGAAUUUCAUGGCACAAUCAGUAUCUGAACUUAGCCUGGGACCCACAAAAGCUGUGACCUCCUGGUUGACAGACCAGAUUGCCCCAGCUUACUGGAGACCCAACUCUCAGAUCCUGAGUUGUAAUAAGUGCAACACACCUUUUAAAGACAACGACACUAAACACCACUGCCGGGCCUGUGGAGAGGGCUUCUGUGAUGGCUGUUCCUCCAAGACCCGCCCGGUGCCUGAGCGAGGCUGGGGACCAGCACCAGUGCGAGUGUGUGACAACUGCUACGACAACAGGGGCAUCCAGCUAGAUGUAGCUGAACUGCCUUCAGAUGAGGAAGGGGGGACACUUAUUGCCAGGAAGGUGGGGGAAGCUGUGCAGAACACUCUUGGAGCAGUGGUGACAGCCAUGGACAUUCCCUUAGGCCUGGUGAAGGACGCUGCCCGCCCUGCGUACUGGGUGCCAGACCACGAGAUCCUGCAACCCUCCUGCCACAACUGCCGGAAGGAGUUCAGCAUCAAGCUCUCCAAGCACCACUGCCGGGCCUGCGGCCAGGGCUUCUGUGACGAGUGCUCGCACGGCCGCAGAGCCGUCCCCUCCCGGGGAUGGGAUCACCCCGUCCGAGUCUGCUUUAACUGCAAUAAAAAGCCCGGUGACCUUUAACCCCGGGCUUUUCUCCAGAUCCUUGCAAUUUCUUAUGUUCUCAGGGUUACAAAUGAAAAUAUCUGGUCUCCCUUUCACCUCUUAACCUGUUGCAGCCAGAGUGCAUGUGUCCAGUUUCUGGCCUCCUCUCGUGUUCUGUCCAUCUUGGAACGCUGGGAAUGAGCUUACGUUCAGCCUCUAGGUUUUAAUUUCAAAUUAACUGGGGAAGGGAGGGAGCUCCCUUGUAAAUGAGCAAACCAAAAUCCAGUGUAUUUUAUUCCAAUUAAAAAAAAUAUAUAUCUAUAUAUCUAUCUAUCUGUGUAUAAUUUAGUAUAUUAAGAAUACGGUUGGCUAAUGAAGCUUUGAGUAUUCCUAGUUCAAAUGAUGGAUGGUGUUGCUCCUUACUAUAUUGGAUCAGACUUAUGGCCUUCUGAUUCUUCUUUUGGAAUGUCUUGCUGAUCACAAAGUCGUCCUGUGAGGAAGGUUUGGACUCUGCUGCCAGGAAAUCUCCAGCAUUGAUGUAUGAGUUACACCCAGUAAUUCAACCAACCCUACGUCUGGAGGUGCUGUACUUCUGGCCGUGGAAGAUUAAAGCCAGAUUCAUUAGCAAGUUUGU